AUCUGCGUUCUUCCUUUUCUGUUCUGAACACCGUCCAAAAAUCAAAAAUGAUCAUCCUGGCUUGUCUAUUGGAGAUACAGCAAAGAAAUUAGGAGAAAUGUGGUCUGAACAGUCAGCCAAAGAUAAACAGCCAUAUGAACAGAAGGCUGCAAAACUAAAGGAGAAAUAUGAAAAGGAUAUUGCAGCGUAUCGUGCCAAGAGCAAGAGUGACGCAGGAAAAAAGGGCCCAGGUAGGCCUGCAGGAUCUAAGAAGAAAGCAGAACCAGAAGAGGAGGAGGAGGAGGAGGAAGAUGAAGAAGAGGAAGAAGAAGAUGAGGAUGAGGAAUAAAUGAAUGUCCUGCUGUAAAGAUUUAUGCUCAAAAUCCAAUAUUUUGCUAAGAAUGUGAACUCAAGUGCAGCUCAUUGUUAGCUUCAGUAUAAAAAUCUGUACAGAAUUGUGUAUAGGUAACGUGGUUCUUUGUAGGGAGACCUCUAUUUUUAAUGUAAGUAGUAGCCGAGGGCUGCUACAGUUUGGUUUAAAAAAAAAAAAAAAAAGUUGUGGAAUGUUUCUGCAUAUUUAAUGGUUUUGUUGAAAUUCAGUGACUGAUAGCCAGGUGUUUCUUUAUAGCUAAGUAAAACAAAGGAGGUAGCUUAAUAGCUGAUCUUAUAUUUUGUAGUAUAUUGCAUUGUAUUACUUUUUUAACAAUUUUGUAAUAAAAUGUUGUACAU